ACCAGGCACCCACAUUCUAGUGCAGCCCCACAUCAGGCUCACUUGGCUGGAGACAUCCCCUAGUGAAAGAUGUUCUCUUGCUGCCUGCCAACUUCCCGGGGCUCUGGCUUCCAGAAAGCCCAGGGAUGUGGCUCUUUCACAUGCUGUAGACUUUGGUUCCACCAUUACACCCCUCGCCUCAGGGCGUUUGCCAGGAGGUGCCCUAGAGCUCCACACAGGAGAUGGGGCAGGAGUGUGAGGAAGAGAACCUCUGCUCCACUUCCUUGAGGAAUGGGAUAGUGCCCUGCACAGCUAAAAGAGACCAGCGCAGACUCGAGCUAUCUGCACCCUUGGCGACCCAGGAGGAAGAGCUCACCAUGGUGCAGGCUAUUGGGGUACCCAACAUGCUGGAGCAGCCACCUGCUUCAGUGGAGCACCCAGCUUCGGCCCUCGAGCAACACCCUGAAUCACAUCAAGAAGCCGCCCCAGCUACUAUUGUGGGGCCUACUGAAGCUUCAGGCCCUGAGUUGAUCAAGCCAGUCAAGGCUGCUGCAGCUGGGUGCUUGGCCCGAUCCGAGAUGCUAGUUGCUGAGUCCAAGCCAAUGCACGAGGCGGUCACACCUCUGAUUCAGCGUCCCGACAAGAAGGACCGACCUGCAACCUUGGCUACCCUGGAGGUAGAUCACGUCCUGGCACAUGCAAUCUGGUUCUCCCACAUGCUGUAGCAGCCACCUGUCUCAGGGGAGCAACUAGCUUCUGCUCCUGAGCAAGAUCCCAAACCACCUCAACAGCCUGCCCCAGCUCCUACCACGGGGCCUGCUGAAGCUUCAGGGCCAGAGGUGAUUGAGCCAGUCAAGGCUGCUGGAGUUGAGUGCUUGCCAGGGGCCGAGAUGGCACCUGUUGAGUCGAAGCCACUGCAGGUGUUGGUCACACUUCUGAUUCACUGUCCCCACCUGGAGGUGCUGCCUGCACCCCUGGCCCCUCCAAAAUGUGAGGCAGGCCUCAGUGCCCGGCCUCGAGUUCAUCGAAGGGCCGGUGCAUCCACCUGCCUUACUGGAGCAGCCAGCCUCUGCCCCCAAGCAGCAGCUGAUCAUGGCUGCACCCCAACAGAAGGCUUCCCCUCCCCUCUCAUUGCGCUGUCUAAUUUUUGUUGUGGUUGUCAUCAACGUCUAUAAUUCCUUCAUGCAUUUUGUUUGUAAUAAAGGAUAAGUUAACUUCGGACAAAAACUAACUCUGAUGCUUUUAAAUUACACGUCGUGGUACUUUAGGUCUAUUGCCAGUGUUGCACAGGGAGACCAGUGUACUUUCAGACCACAGUGCUUUGAAGCAACUCAAUCAGAAGAAGCAAUUUGGAAAGAACUGCAAUACAUGGAGGCUAGACAGCAUCUUACUAAAGAAUGAAAGGGUCAACAAGGAAAUUAAAGAAGAAUUUUAAAAAUUCAUGGAAGAAAAUGAAAAUAAUAACACAACUGUUCAAUACAGUCAGCAGGGAGAUAAGGCAGUCCUAAGAAGGAAGUAUACCGCAACAAGCCCUUCUCAAGAAACAAGAAGGUCUCAAAUACACAACCUAACCUUAUACCAAAAGGAGGUAGAGAAAGAACAGCAAAAAAAAGCCAAAAACCAGCAAGAGAAGACAAAUAAUAAACUUGAGCAGGAAUCGAUGAAACAGAAAACAAAGACUGUACACAAGAUCACAAGACUGAUAUGCUGCUUAUAAGAGAUUCCUGUGAGCUUGAAGAGAAUAAGAUCGAUAACCUCCUGAUCAAAGAAAAGGCUUCCCAGAGGAAUUCUACUAAACAUCUAAAGAAAUACUACCUAUUCUUCUGAAUCUGUUUCAAAAAAUAGAAAUGGAGUAAAAUAGGAAAAGAGUUCCAAACUCUUUUUAGAAGGCCAGCAUUACCUUGAUCCCAAAACCAGACAAAAACCCCACAACAAAAGAAUGAUAGGCCAAUAUCCCUGAUGAACAUGGAUGCAGAAUUUCUCACCAAACAACUAGCUAACAGGAUCCCACAGUACAUUAAAAGGAUUAUUCACCACCACGUCGUGGGAUUUAUUCCUGGGCUGCAAGAGUUGUUCAUCAUCUGCAAAUCAAUCAAUGUGAGAGAUCACAUCAAUAAAACGAAG